AUGGGUCACGUCGUUGUAAAGGGGCUUUCUGACGCCUCUAGGUGGCAACGCGGAUCAACUGAAGGUCUCAGUAUCGGCCUUUUCAUGUUUGCUCUGCUGGGCAACGCCACCUACGGUUUGCAGAUUUUCCUCACCUCCACGGACACCCUCUUCCUCCUGCACUCGUUACCCUGGCUUUUGGGCAGUGUAGGCGUGCUCCUAUUGGAUCUCGUGAUACUCGCCCAGUUCUACAUCUUUCGAAAGCGCUCUCAGAACAAUCCUACUGGAAGCGUGGAGUCGGAAUCAGCAGCUGUUUCAGUCACCGCCUAA